ACUUAGAUCUUCUAGCAGAGUCAAUGACGACUCCUCCCAUACUUCACAUACUGACGUCACGGAGCAAAGAAGAGGUUAAGUUAAGUACUGACAGCGCUUUAAUAAUAACGUCUAACACUUUUUUUUAUUUAUUUCGUGCAUUCGUCGUGGACAAGUUGUUGAGAUAUUGUGUAUAUAUUACCAAAGCGCAAUUGCAUUUACUUAAUUCGGGAUCCAAUAUUUUCUUACUAUGGCCGAUAUUUUUUGCUUCCAUUAACCUGGACAGUAUAGUGACUAUCCCAUUUACUAUUUUGAUUUUCGUUGUGGACUAUUUUACGUUUGUAAUCACUUUGCAUUGUCUGAUUGAAGCUAUAGUUUGUGAAUGGCAAGUACUUAAACGAUGGCAUGCAGCAGUAAUAUUGAUUAUUUUGUCUAAUGUACAUCAGGCACAAUGGGAUAUGGUAAUCAAUUGGUUCAUAAUAUACGGGAUUCGUUCAGCUACAUUUAUUGAAUUAUUGAUAAUAACCUUCGUAUACCCCUUGAGUAGACUUUUGGAGGACAUAACGUUCCAUAAUGGGAUUGCUCCUUCUUUUGUUGCUGUUUUAAUCUUACGACUCGUGUGCUUAAUUUAUAUUGUUUCGUUUUUACGCUCGUCAUCUGUUUACGGAAUAUUUUUACCAGCACCAUGGAUAACAGCACUAACUUAUGCAUUCGUUUUACUGCUGACAGCUGGAAUGCUAAUUAAAUUGUAUAACAUUGUCGUAAUUAAAAAGAAGAGUUGGAAGCUGAUUUUUGUCUCCGUCAAAGAUUGGGGUCCAUUUGAUUUGUCUUUAAGGUUAUUAAGAAAAAAAUAUGACUCCUCAAAAUAUGUUCAGUCACAAGCGCCAAGAGACCUGAGUAGAUAUUUAAUCCAAAAAGCAGAACCGAAUUCAUAUAAGCUCGACCUGCGGUACGGGCUACCGCCGAAAUCAAUGUUGUAUGUACGUUCAGGAAACGGUAGUAGAUAACUAAUA